CCAUCCGCCACAGUAGUCACUGCUAGCAGGUGACGACGAGAGUCUCUAGAUUAUUCAGUACUUUGUUCACUUCACUUCCUUUCGGUUGCGCCCUCGGAAAUGUUUACGGCCUAAGUAUUUGGAUCCAUCAAAUCAAAUAUUUCCUUUAUUUAUCAGUGUGAUUAGUUUCCGGCAUCCCUAUAGCAAAUUAAGCAGUUUCACUCACGGAUAAUCUUCCAAGGCACUCUGCGGUUAAAUUGACCUUGUUUAUUUACGUCUGCUAGUUUUCAAUUAAUCAAAUCUUCAACUUCAAUAUUUUUGGUGAAACCGGAUUUCCAAAUUGUAUUUGUGAUUGUUCUGCAUUAGUUGCAUCAAAUCAAAAGUAUGGGCGACAAGAAGAAGCCAGCGUACAUUCAAUAUCUCUUUGGAGGAUUGUCAGGAAUUGGGGCAACAUGCGUGGUGCAGCCGCUAGAUUUAAUCAAAACACGCAUGCAGAUUUCCGGCAUUGGUGGCGCAACCAAGGAGUACAACAACACAUUCGAUGCCAUUACCAAGAUCGUCAAACGGGAAGGGACCCUCGCGCUGUACAAGGGUCUCAGUGCGGCCAUCAUGCGACAAGCCACCUAUACCACUACUCGGCUCGGCGUCUACACGUCACUCAACGAUACCUAUCGGCAAAAAACGAACAGAGCUCCUCACUUACUGGAAUCGAUGGGCAUGGGUAUGAUUGCCGGGGCAAUCGGGUCGUUCGUCGGCAAUCCAUGCGAGCUUAUUCUUAUCCGAAUGACUGCCGAUGGCCGUCUUCCAGUGGCUGAGCGACGCAACUAUACGAAUUUCUUUAAUGCAUUCAUUCGCAUUGCCAGAGAAGAAGGUAUUUUCGCUCUCUGGCGUGGAUGUAUACCAACGAUGGGUCGGGCCAUGGUGGUCAACGCGGCUCAAUUGGCAUCCUAUUCGCAAGCCAAGAGUUAUCUAGUCGAAAGUGGUUACUUCACCGAGGGUAUUGGUCUUCACUUUACUGCCAGUAUGUUCUCUGGAUUGGUGACAACAGCUGCAUCGUUACCGGUGGACAUUGCCAAAACUCGAAUUCAAAACAUGAAAGUGGCCGCUGGUGAAGUAGCGCCGUACAAAAAUACCAUCGAUGUGAUAGUGAAGGUAGUAAAACAUGAAGGCAUAUUCGCGCUUUGGAAGGGCUUCACUGCUUACUACGCUCGAUUGGGACCACACACUGUGCUGACCUUCAUCCUCCUGGAACAAUUGAACGGCUUCUACAACAGGCAAUUCAUGGGAGGGCAAGGCCCAAAGUCUGGCCUCUAAACAGUUGAAAAGCAGAAUUCCGACGUUCGUUGUCGUUAACCGUCCAUUCGACACAAACUCGAAAAGCGCACAGAAAAUUAUCAGUGAAAUUGAAAACACAAACCGAUAUCAAUCAAGCGAAAUUACUGAGAGAAAGAAAAACAAUAAAACGGAGACUACCAUAGAGUAAAACGAUGACCGGUGAAAAACAGCAUUUUAUGUCUAUACUUGUUACAUUCAUCUAUUGCUUUUAAGUUACAUCAGUGCAUUAUUUUCUCUUUUAGAGUUGUUAAAGACCCAAAUUAUUUCAGUCCGGUAUAAAAUUGAUGUAUUAAAAUGUAUGUUACAAAAAUAAA